AUGACGGAGCAGCGUUCCAAACACGAGCAACUGGCCAAAGCCGAAAACGAUCUUGCGAAAGCGCAAGCGCAGAUCCGGGAGAUGCACGCAAGGCUCGACGACGCUGCGCCGGGCUUAAAGAUGCUGGAGGAGACGUUGGCUCCAUGUACUGAAGCACGAAGCAUGCCACCCCGCGUUAACUGGAAAUUGCGUUCACCACCUGCUUCGUUCGAGCCCCCGAUGACGAGCACCUCCGAGCUUGCGGCCAGCUCUGCUCACACAGCCGCCCCUUCUCCCAUCGCUCGAGGUCGGCGGCCAGGCUACUAUCGUGCGGGUAUAGCCCCUGGCCUUCCUGCAGGCGGUACUAAAAGGCGGGUGGCGCGGCGGGCGUGUGGGAUGCACCGCAGCUCGCUGCGUGAGGGCGGCGCGGGUCCCCCGGGCGAGUGUGUGUGUGUGUGCCUCCCUUCCCCUCAAGGUCGAGAUCACAGCACCGCCCACGCAGCUACAUCGCAGCCACCGCUACGGUCCCUGGGGGGUUUGGAUGGGCAGGCGCCAGCUGGGGGGCCGUGGAGCAUGGACGUUCCUGUCCGUCUCCCCGGAAGCUACCGUCGACGACGCAGCCUUCGCGUGUGGGAAGCUGAGGGAUCGAGAUGUUGGAGGCCGCCGCGGCUGGCGCGCCCUUUCGCUGUCUCAUGGUCACAGAGGCUCGGUGGCUGGCUGCCCAGCUCGGGGGGCCUGGUCAGCGUCAGGCCUUAUCAGCAGAUCGGAACGGACGCUGACAGUUUUGCUCGGGGCUAA